AUGAAUCCAUUGCACUCUCGAGAUGGGGUCUUCAAGCGCGAUAAUAAUGGCAUACUCAUGUCCUCCCGUGGCGAACAAGCCAUGGUUAUAAGUGUUGUGUUUACGGGCUUAGCAACCUGCUUCGUGGCUAUGAGGAUGUUUACUCGUGUAAGACUAAUGAGACGAGUUGAAGCAAAUGACUGGAUGGUCAUUGUCGCACUGGUGAACUCAUAUGUCUUCAUGGGCCUCGACAUUGUCGAAUGCGUCAGUGGAAUAGGAACGCAUAUUAAAGAUAUCCCGCCGGCCAUCCUCGAGAGACAGAUGAAGGCCUUCUGGCUCACCAUUCCUUUCUACAACGCCGCUGUCCUCUGCGCCAAAGCCUCCAUUCUAAUGCAGUACUGGCGAGUCUUCCCAACGCACCGCAUGCGUGUUGUCUGCUGGAUCAUGAUAACCAUCCUCGGCAUCUAUGGCACAUGGGCAGUGAUCAGUGCAUUCCUAAAUUGCAUUCCCGUUGCCAAAUUCUGGAACCCAACUAUCGAAGGGUUCUGUCUAGACAAAACGAAACUGUGGUUCUCCAACGCCGGCAUGCAUAUCUCAACCGAUAUCGCUAUCCUAGUCAUUCCCAUCCCGGCUUUAAUGGCAGUCGACUUGCCCCGAAGACAGAAGGUCGCUUUAAUGAUCAUGUUCGGUCUAGGCGGGUUCGUCUGUAUCACCAGCAUUAUCCGUCUAGUCAGCUUGAAAAAGAUCGCCGAUUCAUCCGAUCCCACCUUCGAUAACGUCGGCGCCGCUUCCUGGUCCGCCAUUGAAUGCAACACAGGUAUAAUCUGCGCUUGUCUACCAACCCUAAAGCCCCUCAUCGCCCGCAUCUUCCCAGGAAUGAUAUCAACCUUCAACGCUAGUCGCACCACCCGCGGUGACACAACACAGCGUAACUCUGAUUGGAACGGUGAUGCAUCGACACUCGGUGCACAGUGUGAAGAGCAUGAGUACGGCGCGGGCGACCCGGAGCGCGUUCUCGCUCUUCCUACCGGGCUCAGGUCUAGCCUUAAGCGGUGGACUAGAGAAGAAGUGAAAGAGGAAGAGAAGAAGAAGUUGGCUCAGAUUGCUACGAUAUCUCAGCCUCCUCCCAAUAUGACGAUGCAUCCUCGUGCUUUGCCUCCGGAUUUCGGGACGCCAUUUUGA